AUGGCACCCAACGUGACUAUUCUUCAUGAAAUUGGAAAAAUGAAGAACCUGGAACAAAGACUGAGUAUGACGGAGGACAUGGUGCAGAGACAAAACAGCUUGGUGAUUGAGCUAAUCUCAAAACUGGAGGAGCUGAGGAGUGAAAAUGGAGUCAGGAAGGUCACCUUUUCAGCAUCGCUUUUAGCUUCUGGAAAGGGACAUACCGGAACUUAUGUUUCUGUGUCAUCCCCAUUAAUCUACAAAAAAGUUUUCACUAACAUUGAAAAUGGCUAUAACUCAGAUACAGGGAUUUUCACAGCACCGGUGAAAGGAGUUUACUAUUUCCGGUUCUAUGCUCACUGUCACGUCGGCACCAAAAUGGCCGUCAGUCCGUAUAAAAACGGAAGUCUUCAUUGUUUGGUGUUUUCCUACGAGCCCGUCACUAAUGGCAAUAGGAUUUUGUUAACUCUAGAAAAAGGAGAUCAGAUAUACACAGAGCUUUGGGAUAAGACUUGGGUUUUUGAUGGUCCAUGA